AUGCUUGGGGGUACAGCCCCUCAACUUAUUCACAACUUUGGAAAUUUUAAGGGCUUCACUAUCUCGGAAGCUGAUGCUUUUGUGGACGCGAUCAGCAAUAUUGCUAAUGUUGAGUAUAUUGAGCCCGACACAAGAGUCUCUAUCAGUGCCUUGGUUACUCAAACCGGUGCGCCCUGGGGGCUGGGUCGCCUCUCUCACCGAGAGCCUGGCUCAACUGACUACGUGUAUGAUGAUUCGGCAGGAGAAGGAACUUACUCUUAUAUUAUUGACACGGGGAUCUUCACUGAGCACGAGGAGUUUGGCGGUCGAGCCACUUGGGGAGCUAACUUCGCCGAAGAUGGCCUUGACACCGAUGGCAACGGUCACGGAACUCACGUAGCAGGAACCACAGGAGGAACCACUUACGGCGUAGCCAAGAAGACCAACCUGAUUGCCGUGAAGGUCCUCGAUUCUAGCGGAUCGGGCUCCAACAGCCAGGUCAUUGCUGGGAUUGAAUGGGCCGUCACUGACGCCACGUCUAAAGGCCGAAUUGGAAAAGCAGUUGCUAACAUGUCUCUUGGGGGCCUCCGUCUCGGUGAGGCUACCAACCAAGCGGCGGCCGCUGCCGUGGAGGCUGGGCUCUUUCUCGCCGUAGCUGCCGGGAAUGACGGCUUGCCUGCGUUCCUCUUCUCGCCUGCCUCAGAACCGACAGUGUGUACCGUUGGCGCCAGUGACAGCGAUGACAGCCGUGCAUCCUUCUCCAACUUUGGUGCGCUUGUCGACAUCUUCGCGCCGGGAGUGGACGUCUUGUCUGCGUGGAACAAUGGCACGACCGAGACAAACGUUAUCUCAGGAACGUCAAUGGCGACGCCGCACAUCACAGGGUUAGGAGCUUACCUCUUGGCGCUUGAAGGAGAUAGGGAUCCUAUCGCGCUAUGUAAGAGGAUCCAGGAGCUGUCAACAGUGGAUGCUCUGUCAAAUCCGGGGCUUUUCACUGAGAAUAGGCUUGCUUUCAAUGGCGCGACCGCAUGA